AUGACUUUUUCAGAACCACAAAAUACCACAGAAUAUAACCAAAUCUUUGCUUCUGCCGAUGUUGCUAUUGUUUAUCUUACUGCAACUUGGUGUGGCCCAUGCAGAGCAAUUGCUCCAAUCUUUUCAAGACUUGCUAAUGAAAACCCAGAAAUUGCUUUUAUUAAAGUUGAUGUUGAUAAAUGCCAUGAUUUACCACUUGCCUCAAGUGUCACUGGUGUCCCAACUUUUGUUGCUUUCAGAACUAAAGUCGAAGUUGAUCGUAAAGCAGGUGCUUCUCCAGCUGCCAUUGAAGGUUUAAUUAAAUUAUUAAAAUAA